AUGUAUCUUAUUAAUGGCUACCAAAACAAAGAAAACCCAAAACGACAAUUCCUAGACGUUGAGGAGGAUGAAAAUGGUAGCGAAAACGAUGAGAAUAAUGAAGAACAACCAGCACCAAUAGAACAGCAACAAAAACAAAAGGAAAAGAAAAAAGCAGGCGGUGGCAAAAAGAAACAACACCUACCCACAAAGAAAGUUGAUGAUGAUAUCGAGGCUGCAUUAGCAGCAAUUGAAGCCCCAACACCAGCACCAUCAAAAAAAAAAGAUAAAAAAAAUAAAUCAGCAACAGGAACCACAACUUCAGAACGGCUUUGUUAUUUGUUUAUCCAGGAAAUCGAUGAACAGUUUGAUGAAAAAGAUCGAAAGAAAGAAGCAAAAAAAGAGAAAAGAAAAAGAAAAAAAGAUGACGCAAAGCAACCUACAGAUGAUGGCAAAGUAAUUACAGAAAAUGUAGAACAUCAAAAAGAACCAGAAGUAGUGGCAGUUCCAGAUGUCAAAAAACCACAAUCGGAUGAAGGUGGCAAACUGGAAGAUGAUCAAACUGCUGCUGUCACAACCACCACUGCAGCUGCUCCUGGUAGUGAAGAAAAGAAAACUUCAUCGAAGAGCAAGAAAAAAGCCCAAACAGAAAAGAAGAAAGGUGGUAUGGAUCCAAAAACGGUGCGUGAACUAAAUCUCAUGAAAGAAGCUCUUCGUCAGCACGAAAAAGAAAAAAUAGAACAAAUUGCAGCACAAGAGACACAAGAACGUGAAGAAGAAGAACGUAUUCGACACGAGUUGGAAAAAAUACAAUUGGAAAAAGAACGUAAAGAAAAGAAGAAACAAAAAGAAAAAGAGCGUAUAAAACGUCAAAAAGAACAGGGAACCUAUUUAACGAAAGAACAACGAGAAAAAUUAGAACGUGCAAGACAACAAUUAGGAGCAGCUGGGGUACAAAUACCAGCACGUACUCUUGCACAACAGCAAGUAUCGUCAACAAAUGGCUCAGUUUCGAGUGUACCUAGUGAUACUAAAAAACGUGUUAUUUACGAUGAUAAAAAGAAAAAGCUAUCAGGGAAUAAAAAUACUGCACUAAGUCAAACUACAGAAACUUCAACAACGCCAUCGAUUCCCGUGGAGACCACUCAGAAUAGCAUAAAACCAUCACAAAAAAGUACACAAGACAAUUUAAAGCCAAGUUUAAAAGAGACUUGGGAAGAGUCAGACGAAGAUGUUGUUGAUACAUGGGACGCAGAUGUCCAACGAACAGACCCAGAUGAAACAAAAUCAGUAUCAACGGAAAAUAGCGCGUUGAAAUCAGUCGCAGCCGCAGGUUCUGAAGGCGAAGAAAGUGAGGAAAGUGACACUGAAGGGAGUGAAACAGAAAGUGAAUCGUCCUCAGACGAUGAAUAUGAUGAACAUCCAGAUAAAAAUUUAUCACCAAUGGAGCGUGUAAGAUUGCGAUUACAACAUCGACAUGAAGAAUGUGAACGUAAACGUUCAACAGAAGUAUUACGUGCACCCGUUAUUUGUGUACUUGGACAUGUUGAUACAGGAAAAACAAAAAUUUUGGAUAAUUUACGACGAACACACGUGCAAGAUGGUGAAGCUGGUGGAAUUACACAGCAAAUUGGUGCAACAAAUGUUCCAUUAGAGACCAUCAAAGACCGUACAAAAAUGUGUCGAAAACUUGUAACGAUGGAAGGUGAUUUUAUUGUUCCCGGUUUUCUUAUUAUCGAUACACCUGGGCAUGAAUCAUUUAAAAAUCUUCGUUCACGUGGGUCGUCAUUAUGCGAUUUGGCCAUAUUGGUUGUUGAUAUUAUGCACGGAUUAGAACCACAAACAAUUGAAUCGAUUAAAUUACUACAAGACAGACAAACACCAUUCAUUGUUGCACUUAACAAGAUUGAUCGCUUGUACAAUUGGAAAAGUGACAAUAAACGUAAUGUUGAAUUCGUUAUUCAAGAGCAAGGGCCCAAUACACAAAAUGAAUUCGAAAAACGUGCAAAUGAAGUUAUUGUGCAAUUUGCUGAACAAGGACUAAAUGCAGCAGUUUAUUAUAAAAAUCCCGAUCCAAAUGAAUUUUUCUCUAUGGUACCAACAUCGGCACAUACUGGUGAUGGUAUGGGUUCACUAAUUGCAUUAAUUGUUGAAAAAUGUCAGACAACGUUGGCUAAAAGAUUAUCGUACAGCGAUGAAUUACAGGCGACAGUUAUGGAAGUGAAAGCGAUUGGAGGUUUAGGCACAACAAUUGAUGUUGUUCUUGUUAACGGGUAUUUACGAGAAGGCGAUUCAAUAAUUGUAGCUGGUCAAGAAGGACCCAUAGUUACACAAAUACGAGGUUUAUUAAUGCCCGAAGCCAAUAGAGAAUUACGUGUUAGAAAUCAAUAUCAAAAGUAUAAAGAAGUGAAAGCAGCACGUGGUGUUAAAAUUGCAGCAAAAGAUUUAGAUAAAUCAAUGGCUGGUCUCCCAUUAUUUGUUGGACGAAAACAAGAGGAAAUUGAUUAUUACAAGAAUGAAAUUCAAAAUAUAUUGAAAACAGCAUUAAGUUCAAUUAAAUUAAAAGAUAAUGGUGUUCAUGUCCAAGCGUCCACUCUUGGCUCGUUGGAAGCAUUACUUGAAUUUUUAAAAACAUCAAAUAUUCCAUAUGCUGGUGUCAGUAUUGGUCCAGUACAUCGAAAAGAUGUCAUCAGAGCAUCGGCAAUGCUUGAAAGAGACCCACAAUGGGCUGUCAUAUUGGCAUUUGAUGUUAAAAUUGAACGUGAUGCACAAGAACAUGCUGAUAAUGUUGGUGUAACCAUAUUUCAAGCUGAUAUUAUCUAUCAUUUAUUUGAUAUGUUUACUACACAUCGUGAAAAGCGAAAAAAAGAAAAUCAAGAAAAAUUUCGUCAUUUAGCUGUAUUUCCAUGUAAAUUAAAAGUAUUACCACAAUAUGUAUUUAAUUCACGUGAUCCAAUUAUUUGUGGUGUUAUUAUUGAAGAUGGAUUUAUUAAAUUAGGAACACCCAUUUGUGUACCAUCAAAAGAGUUUGUUGAUCUUGGACGUGUUAUAAGUAUUGAGUUAAAUCAUAAAUCAUUAGAAGUUGCACGAAAAGGACAAGAAGUUUGUAUUAAAAUUGAACCGCUUGGUGGUGAAGCACCAAAAAUGUUUGGAAGACAUUUUGAUGAAACGGAUACAUUAAUGAGCAAAAUAUCUCGUGAAACAAUUGAUGUUGUUAAAGAUUAUUUUCGUGAUGAAAUGCAAAAAACUGAUUGGCAAUUAAUGAUUGACUUGAAGAAAAUAUUCAAUGAUCUAAAUAACAUCUAUUAUCAAAAUUCAAAGAUCACGCAUGAAAGACGAGCCAUUGCACUCGGACAACGCGGAGCAUUCCGUGGAUCAACCGUAUGGCUAACAGGUUUAUCGGGGGCUGGAAAAUCAACAAUCGCAUUUGCAUUAGAAGAAUAUAUCGUUAGUAAAGGACUACCAGCGUAUUGUCUUGAUGGUGAUAAUAUAAGAUGUGGCUUAAAUAAAAAUCUUGGUUUCACUGCCGAUGAUCGUGAAGAAAAUAUUCGACGUAUAUCAGAAGUAUCAAAACUCUUUGCUGAUGCCGGUCUCAUGUGUAUUGUGGCAUUUAUUUCACCAUUUGAAAAGGAUCGUGAGCACGCUAGAGAACUGCAUGAACGUGCGAAAUUACCAUUUAUAGAAGUAUUUGUUAGUACACCAUUGGCAAUAUGUGAAGCAAGAGAUGUUAAAGGUUUAUAUCAUAAAGCAAGAGCGGGAACAAUUAAAGGAUUUACCGGCAUUGAUGCUCCUUACGAACCUCCAUUACAUCCGGAUGUUGUAGUUGACACUACAACAAACACGGUUGAAAAAUGUAUGGAAGUAAUUAUUGCAAAAUUGGCUGAAAGAAAUAUUUUAUCACCAACAUUAAUUUCAUCUGUACGAGAAUUAUUUAUGGAUGAAGAAACGAAAACGAAAAUACAAGAAGAGUUGCCGAAUAUACCUAAACUAUCAAUAACUGAAUUGGAUUUACAAUGGGUUCAGGUAUUGAGUGAAGGUUGGGCAACUCCACUUUCUGGAUUUAUGCGUGAAACAGAAUAUUUACAAUGUUUACAUUUUGGAUGUUUAAUGACAGGUCAUAUUGAAAAUCAAACUAUUCCUAUUGUUUUGCCUUGCACAACCGAAGAUAAAGAACGCUUUGAAUCAUCUAAUGCAUCAGUGAUUGCAUUAUACUACAACGAUAAGCCAGUAGCUAUUUUGAAAAAACCUGAGUAUCAUGAACAUCGAAAAGAAGAACGUUGUUCACGCAUAUUUGGAAUUUAUGAUCCUGGUCAUCCAUAUAUUAAAAUGAUUAUGGACAGUGGAGAUUGGGUAAUUGGUGGUGAUUUGGAAGUUUUUGAACGUAUACGAUGGAAUGAUGAUUUAGAUCAUUUUCGUUUAACACCAAAUGAGUUACGGCAACGUUUUCGUGAUAUUAAAGCUGACUCUGUAUUUGCUUUCCAAUUACGAAAUCCAAUUCAUAAUGGUGGAUGGACCAAAGAAGAUGAUGUUCCAUUACCCAUUCGUAUGGCUCAACAUCAAGCUGUUUUAGAUAAUGAAGAGGAUGUACUUGAUCGUUCUCGAACAGUCUUGGCCAUAUUUCCUUCGCCCAUGUUAUAUGCUGGUCCAACAGAAGUUCAAUGGCACGCAAAAUCUCGUAUGUCAGCAGGUGCAAAUUUUUAUAUUGUCGGUAGAGAUCCUGCAGGUAUGCCACAUCCACAAACAAAAUCAAAGGAUCUCUAUGAACCUACUCAUGGUUCAAAAGUAUUAACAAUGGCACCUGGACUAAAUCAGCUACAAAUAUUACCAUUUAAAGUAGCUGCUUAUAAUAAAACGACAAAAAAGAUGGAUUUCUAUGACUCGUCACGACAUGCCGAUUUUGAUUUUAUAUCAGGCACAAAAAUGAGACAAAUAGCAAGAAACGGUGAAUCUCCACCUGAUGGUUUUAUGGUCAAUGCCGCAUGGGACGUUUUAGCAUCAUACUAUAAAUCAUUGGGUCAAAAUAAAUAA